AGACACUCUGGAGACCCAGCAAAGACAGAUUUAGCAACAGCCAAAGAAACCAUGUGCCAGACGGGCAGUGGAGCACAGUGACAGUGUUACUAGUGUCACGCUCUCCUACUAUUGCUCACUCAAACACUCUUUGCCUGCUGAAGUGGUUCUAUGAGCUGCCACAUAACGACCACGAUGGAGAUUGAUGAAGACGAAAGCAACAGCGCGUUGCCAAACCUCGAGUACAAAGGUGCCCAUCAAGCCUUCAGGGAUCGUUGGAAAGAGACAGAUGACACAAUGUGUCGCCACAGCAUGUCUUUCCACCUGCAGCACACACUGAGGAGCGAGUUCUUUGCCAGUUACUUGUACCUGAUGGAGAAGAUUCCUCUGGUGAAGCUCUUCCCCGUCACCUGUGAGUACAUCAAGGGUGAGAAGCAGUUUUACUACCGAGCGCAGCAGUUUUACGAGGAUGUGCCUGCCUCGGAGGAGGGCAUGAUGGGAGAUUUCGUGGAUAUAUCCAAUGUUGAUCUGGAGGGUUCCCGGGAGUUUCUGAAGAGCUUUGUGGGUCCGGGUAAGGCCGGCACACACUGCGCUCUGGACUGCGGCUCCGGAAUCGGGCGCGUGACUAAAGGAGUCCUCCUUCCCGUGUUUGAGAAAGUGGAGAUGGCCGACAUGAUGGAACACUUCCUGCUCCACGCACACGAGGAAUACCUGGGUGACGACGCUGACCGCAUCGAGACCUACUACUGCUUCAACCUGCAGGAGUUCACGCCCCCAAAAAACAAAUACGAUGUCAUCUGGAUGCAGUGGGUGGCAUGUCACCUGACUGACAGGGACCUAAUGAACUUCCUGUUCCGCUGUAAGAAGAGCCUGCGUCCAAACGGCGUCAUUAUCAUGAAGGAUAACAUGGCCCGGCAGGGCUGUAAAUUAGACCCCAUCGACAGCAGCAUCAGUCGCCACCUGGACAUCAUGAAGACCAUCAUCGCCAAGGCUGGUCUGGAGGUUCUGGCUGUGGAGAAACAGGAAGGCUUCCCUGAGAUCAUCAUGCCUGUCUGGAUGAUUGCUAUGAAAUAGAGAGUGACAUUAUUGUUGUUGAAAAUUCAACCUGAAGGUGAAUUCACACUUUAUUCCAGUUGUGUUCAUCUUUUUAUGAUUUGUGGUCACUUCUCUAAGAAACUACAACAACAUAGCGAGGAAUCUUCUCAAUGUCAUCAGAAGAUAAAUCCUGAAACAGCCGUGUGGACAGCAUGAUGGCACCCAGGGUGAGUUUAGGGAGACGGGAGUAUUUUUUGCCGCUUUGCACUGACAUGAAAUAAAGCGUUAGUGGGACAUCAAACAUCUACAGAAGCACUCUGUAUGUCUACGAAGACAUACUUUCAUUUACUGUCCGGCAACCACCCUCCAGGUUUUGUAUUUUUGACAAUAUCAAAUGUCUGGAUUCUCAGUGAGAGCUUCUUCCUGUCGAAACCCCCAAAAUCAACAGAAUAACACAUGAAUUUAGAUUUACUGUUGUUUUCUCCUCCCAGUGAAAAUGACAACGUUUGAAAGGGAAAUCCAGAAGAACAAAUAUAUAGUAAAAAACUCCAGUGUGAGGUUAAAGCAUUGAUUUUCUUUAUGGACACAGACUUCAGUUUACUUUCAGAAAACAGGGAAUAUAUUAUAAUAUGUAAUAUUAAGAUAUCCAAAACUUAAGCACACAUACAUUUUAUUAGGCGACUAAAAACCAUUGUUUCUUCAUCCUCGCUUGCAUCCACACUGGUGUCCCUGUGCACAGUGCUCUGUAGCCUAUGAAACCACACAAAACCCCUGAACGCUCCCUUUGAGGCUACCAUGACACAGUCUGCAGAGAUCAAAUGACAGAUGGGAACAGUUGAAUUAAUUCUGUGACGGUGUUUGAGUCAAUGUUCACUUUUUUUAAGUACAAGAUUGGUUUGGAAUUUGGAAUUACAGAAAAUAACUUUCUGACGUUUACUUAAGCCUCCUGUCAGUGUUCAAAGUUACAUCAACAUCCCGCAGUAGGCAGGAGCACCAGAGAAAUAACUGCUAACGUUUUGGGACGGAGGCCUUUUCUCUUAUCUUAAGCCCCUCCCCUCCCCUCAUCUCGCCAUCUCUCACAUCUCACUUUAAGACUUCUCUUUUCAGACCUUUAUAGCAGUCUGCUCUGGGCUCAUUCACCCUUGUUUGUUUGCUCAGAAAGUCCAGUUUGUUUGGAGGUGGAGGAGUGAAAGCACAACCAAACUCUGAUGCGCAUCAAAGAAGAAAACUCUGGUUCGUCUAAAAAUGUAGGUCCUGGUUUGCUUCAUGGGAAACAAAUGCAGGAAUCAGACUUCAAUGCAGGGCAUUGUGGGUAAACACAACCAAAACAUAUACGCUAACACGUGUGUGAGUAAUUUGUGAUGCAGCGCCGCCUCGUUAUUCAAAAAGAUGUGAUUAGUCAAAGUCUGAAAGAACCUGGAGGUGGAUUAUGAUGGAAAUAUUGAUCAGUAAGGUCAAACAUGUGUUACCCACACCAGCUUAUAUUUAAACUUAUAACAAAUAACAUUUUUUAGUCCUGUAUAUAUGUUUGAAGGCAUUAUACUGUACAAAUAGAAAUGCUUGUUAUCAUCUGUGUUGCCACGAGACAAAAAGCAGGUCCUCAGACUGUAUGUGUUCUUUGUUUUUAUUUGUUUGGCCGUUUUGAUCAGUUUGAUCAGAUCAGAAGUGGCAUUUUUCAAAAUGGCAUGUAGAUACUGUUGCUUUUCACCGUGCGAUACUUCCGUGCCUUUAGUCAUUGUAGAGUAGAGGUUGGUCAAAUGUAAAUAUGAGUCUUGUGUUUUAUACUUUCGCCUGUAACGUUGUAUGUUGACAUUGCCGACUAAAUGUGAUAUUUAUAUUGA